ACUUUUUACAGCAGAUGGUAGACGCAUUACAAAGACAGGUUACUUCUAUGAGUCAGGAUCAGAGAAGAGAAAACAAGAAAAUUGCAAAGAAUUGCGAGAACAAGAUUCAAGAAAUCGAGCAGAAGUUUAAUAGAAACAUCACUGAGAUUUACGAACUUCUAAACAACAGAACAUUGCAAACCGUCACAAAAGAUUCCAAAAUAAUUACGGACUGUAAGGAUCACUUUCUACACGGCCAUAAACAAAUUGGUGUAUACAGUAUAAAUCCUUUCGGUAACGAGACUCGGGUACAGGUGUACUGUGAUAUGGAGACAGAAGGCGGAGGGUGGACAGCAAUCCAGAAGCGAGUGAGUGGAUCUGUAAGUUUCGACAGAACGUGGGUGGAGUACAAGGAUGGGUUUGGUACCCCUAAUGACUCUUACUGGAUAGGAAAUGACGUCAUUCAUCAGCUUACUAAGGGAAGAAACUCCUCCCUCUACGUCUCCAUAACGUUACAAAAUGGAACAAUUUUAUAUGAACUAUAUCAACAGUUCUCUGUGUCUGAUGGAACGGACAAGUACAAACUUUUUCUUGGAGGUCCAGCUACCGGAACUUUAGGCACAGCAUUGAUCUUUUCUGCUAUAAUCAACGAGAGACGCGACAUCCAGGAAAUAGACGUUCUGCGACAGCUCAUCAACCAGGAGACUCUCAUCAGGGUAUCUGUUGUCAAUGCCGUCAGGGCAGCUGUGGAUGACGUUACCUCUUUGAAGAGAAACAUGGCGUCAACAGAAACCACGGUCUCCUCCCUGGAGCGGGCACUAAAUGGAUUGAAAGUUCAGGUAGAUUCUCUAACACAGGAUAAGAAUUCAGCGGAGAAAACUGAAACAUUACAAAGACACGUCGAUAAUCUUACUAGUCAGAACCAGAUUUUAAAGCAGAGGAUAGAACAGUUGGAAUCACACGUUGAAAUAAACAAGACAAAAUCUUUACAGCAGACCGUAGAAACAUUACAAACACAGGUUGAUUCUUUGAGCAGGGAAAAUAGGAGAAAAAACAAAAAGAUUGCAAUAAAUUGUAAGAACAAAAUUGAAGAAGCCGAGCAGAAGUUCAAUAGAAACAUCGCAGAAAUUUACGAGCUUCUAAACGACAGAACAUUGGAAACCGUUAAGAAAGAUUCAAAAAUAAACAGGGAUUGUCAGGAUCAUUUUCUACAAGGUCAUAAACAAUCUGGUGUAUACAAUAUAAACCCCUUCGGUAACGAGACCCAGGUAGAUGUAUACUGUGAUAUGGAUAAAGAAGGUGGCGGGUGGACAGCAAUCCAGAAGCGGGUGAGCGGAUCCGUAAGUUUUAACAGAACGUGGGCGGAGUACAAGGAUGGAUUUGGUAACCCUAGUGACUCCUACUGGAUUGGAAAUGACGUCAUUCACCAGCUUACUAAAGGAAGAAACUCCUCCCUCUACGUCUCCAUUACAUUAUACAAUGGUACAGCUUUAUAUGAACUUUAUCAACAGUUCUCUGUCUCUGAUGAAAGGGACAACUACCGACUUUUUGUUGGAGGAGCAGCUACCGGAACGUUAGGUAAGUGAUAAGUAAAGUGUGUAACAAUCCUUGGAUCCGCCACUGAUCAAAACAAAGAAAGUGAAAAAGAGAGUGAGAGUAUGAGAGAAAGAAAGGAAAAAUAAGGAGAGGGAGGAAAAUAAAAUAGAGAUCUACUUAAUCUAUAAAAAGGAUAUGUCAAUUUUAAUCUUUCUUGUCUUCUACUAGCAAAAUGCAUGCAUCCUCUAUCUCUUAUUAAUGAAUAGACCCCACGUUUUUAACGAUGAUUUUUUUUUCUAAAUAAGAUAAAAAUAAUUUUCAGGUACUGUGAGAUCGCUAAUUUUCGCGGGGAAUCAAUUUUCCUUGUUUUCAAGGUAUGCAGAGACCCACAAAAUGUAAAAUUCAAAAAGUCCCACAAACUAUUUUUUCAUGAACCUCGAAAAAUUUGGAACCUUCGAAAAUACGUGAUUGUACAGUAUAUUUUUCUUAAAUACUGCCUAUUCCUUCACCCUGUAG